GCCCAACAAUCCUCCACAAUUGCCCUCCACGAACAGCAGUUGGCUCGCGCACUUGAGUGCUCUUCUUCGUUGCUGAUGGUGACGAGGACGAAGAUGACAGGAUGGGUGCAACGGCGUGCGACGGCUCAGGUGCUAGUGGCAGCUGUCUGCUCGUUGCUUUUCCUGGCUAUGCCGUUUAUCAGCGUCGGAGAGGUGAUACUGGAGGAGGAUGAUGCGGGCGCCUUCCACAUCAACACGAGCGAUCCCAUGAGCCAGCCCGUGUUUCUGAACGGCCUGAAUGUGCACGAGACCCUCAGCAUGUUGAUGAGCACCAUGUCGGCGCAGCAGAGCGUCAACGCUGCACAGGAAAGCAUAAUCGAUGCACAACGGAGUGCGAUUUCGGCCCAGCAGAGGGCGAUUGAUCGUGUCCGUGGCGAAGUGUGCUUUCCAAGUGCCACGACGUUUGGGCAGCUCGGCUCAACGACAAACAAGUGGCUUGGUGGCGUGUUGGCGAACAACGGCCUGAUCUACGCGGCGCCGUACACCUCCCCGUCCGUGCUCAUCAUCGAUCCGGACACCAACACCGUCGACACGACCACAAUCUCUGGACUCGGACAAGACGCAAACAAGUGGGCCGGUGCUGUGCUGGCAAGCAACGGCCUCGUUUACAUGUUUCCAUCAACCAGGGACACGACGCUCAUCAUCGACUCAGACACCAACACCAUUGACACCACAAGCAUCCAAGAACUUGGCUCUGGUCAUCUCAAAUGGCGCAGUGGCGUUGCGGCCGGCAACGGCCUCAUCUUCGGCAUCCCUUAUUCUGCCACGGCUGUGCUGAUCAUCGAUCCAGCGACCAACUCGGCCGACAACACCACGCUUUCCGGGCUGUCGAGCGAGGGAUUAAAGUGGUAUGGUGGCGUGCAAACGGACAGCGGUCUCAUCUACUGCGUUCCCGUCGAAGCGCCCUCUGUGCUCAUCAUUAACCCAGAGACCCUGACAAUGGAUCUCACCACCAUCAGUGGCCUGGACACAAACAUCAAGUGGUGGGGCGGCGUGCUGGCACGCAAUGGCCUCAUCUACACGAUUCCAAGUGUCUCUGCAACGGCACUCGUCAUCAACCCAGCCACCAACGCCACGCAUGAGGUCUUCAUUGCAGCCACGGCAGUGUCUUCAAGAUGGGUCAAUGGCGUGCUUGCCCCCAACGGCAAUAUCAUCGGCAUCCCAUCCAACUCACGAUCAGUCCUCAACUUCGAUCCUUCAACCAACGCCUCCGAUACCACAAGCAUCAACAAUCUGGAAGGGUUUGCCAAGUGGUGGGAUGGUGUACUCGCUCCAAACGGCCUCAUCUACAGUAUUCCAGCUUUCGCCGACUCGGUUCUCGUCAUUGACCCAGGAUGCUGACGUGUGCACUCUGUGUGUCUGUGUGCUUGUGCGUGCGUGUGGGUCUGUGUGUCUGUGUGUGUCUGUGUGUGUCUGUGUGUCUGUGUGUCUGUGUGUCUGUGUGCGUGUGUGUCUGUGUGUGUCUGUCUGUGUGUGUGUGUGUGUGUGUCUGUCUGUCUGUCUGUCUGUCUGUGUCUGCGCGACUGCAUGUGUAGCUUCACUUCGCUCUCCUUAUCAGUCUGUGCCUCACGUCCAUUUACCCGCUCGCCCACCCACUCCCCUCCCUUAAACCGAUAUUCCUUCCUCCUUCCAUCUCCGUGAAUUCUGGCCACCAAUGCACGUGAUGUGACGCUGUUCAUUGUUCGUUGACUUCCAACCAGUUUGUUGUCACGGCCCACAAGAAAAGAUGCACAGAGGCAACAACAGC